AUGCCCGGUGAUUUCCUCCCCCCGCUGCUGCUCCUGGCUCUGUUCGGGGUGACCCGGGGCUGCCUGCAGGACCCGGCCUCGGCCUACAGGUUCACCGGGACUGUGUGCAGACUCACCUACCCUGCUGCUGUUGUGUUGAACGAGAAGACCACCAAAGUCAUCGAGGCAGCGUUCCAACAUGCCAAAUACCCCAGCAUGCAGGGAGAAAAGUCCCUGCUCUUUGUGGGAAAAGUCUCCUACGGCCUGGACAAUUUGGAGAUUCACAACCUGUCGAUUGGCCGGAGUCAGUUCGAGCUGUUCCCGGGAAAAGGCAUCGGCCUGGAGAUCAGCAACGUGUCGGCCAUCUUUAAAGGGACCCUCCAGUACGGAUACGGCAGCUGGCUUGUCAACGUUGCACAGACUCUCGACUUUGAGAUUGAUUCUCAGAUUGAUCUUGGAAUCAACCCAAAACUUUACUGUGGCAAAGGGAAGGUGGCGGCGGACACGUCCGACUGUUACCUGACCUUUCACAAGCUUCGCCUCCACCUGCAGGGGGACAAACAGCCGAACUGGCUGAAGAAGCUCUUCACCGACUUCAUCACCUUCACGGUCAAGCUGGUCAUCAAAGGCCAGAUUUGCAAGGAGAUCAACAAGCUGGCGGACAUCCUGGCCGACUUCAUACAGGACACAGCAGCGCACUUCCUCACUGAUGGAGACAUAAGUGUGGACAUCGGAGUGACCGCGGCUCCUGUCAUCACCGCUAACUAUAUAGAAUCAUACCACAAGGGGCUGACCAACUACAAAAACACAACCUCCGUGAUCGACAACUCUGCGUUCCACCCAAGUCAGCUGACUGAAGACAGGAUGCUUUACCUGUGGUUCUCAGUGUCUGGCGGAAACGGCGACUCCGGAGCUGAGAGUGUGGAGCUCGUCUGUUCCCUUUGUCAACACCUCCACCGUGGGCACGGCGGUCUGGGGGCAGGCAAAAGUCAGAACGUCCAGUUUUCUCUUCCCUAA